UGGCUAAGGAGGUACGGGUCGCUUUUGGCUUAGCGAGGUUCGGAUCGGCGUUGUGAUGAUGUCGUGUGUGUUCAAACUAAUCAAGUUGACGCUGCCAAAACGAGCAAUGAUAUUCAAAAGUGAGUCUCACGCGCGCUCAAGGACGAGUAAAUUUUCGAAGGAGAGGUAGAUUAUUUUGGGGUCGAACGAAGGAGGAGAACCCUAAAUUGUACUUUGAAAGUAGGGGGCAGUCAGUGAACAAGAACGAAUGAAAGGAGUUGAAAGGGAUCUGUGUCCAUACAUCAUUUGAAGCAGAGAGCGAUAAUGAUAUCUAGAAUGUCAUGGCAUAGCAGCACAUGGGAAUGAAAUAUAUCUCAGACAAAGCAUGUUAGCGAUCAGCCGGUUUCUAUUCAUUUACCUUGGCGAUAUAUUUAAAUUGAUUGCUGUUCAACUAUUUUCCGUUCCAACGUAUAUAUUGCGCAUAAAAAUUUCUGCCUUGCCAUUUCUCUUCAAAGCUCUUCCUUUCCUUUUUCUCUCUUCAGUAUUGAAAACUACCAUCCAGUUUUUGGCAUUUUUUCAACACAUCCUACUCCCAUGCAUCGCUCUUUAAGCCUGAUCGCUGUCUUACUCUUGGUCAUUGCCACAAUUGCUUCCGCUGCUCCCGUCAAUGUCGAAUUAGACAAACGUGGUGCAGCAUCCUGCCAGAGUGAAGACAGAAGUCCUUUCUGCCAUCCUUGAUACAACAAGUAGAUAUUCACUAAAAUCUCUCAUUGUGUAUCAUCUGCUCCACUACGAACCCUCGCCACUUUAUUACUGCAAUGUUAUUAUUCGAUCGUCAAUGUUUUCC